GACGGUUAGGGGAAGGACAUGGAAGUAGCAGCUACUUAGCUCUGCUCAUCACAAGAAGGGACACAACAUACCGGGAUCCAUUCAGAGAGUCGUGGUGUGGUGUGGGGGGGAAAAUAAGCUUAUUGUCGCUUGCUUAACUAAAGAUUACGCACCGUACGGCCAUUUGUGGGAGAGAAGGAGACUGUUUUCAUAGGACGGCUGUUUUCAAGACCCACAGACCACAAAAGCUGAGUGAUCAGUCCACGGAGGACACGGACAGUGAGUGCCUUGCUUCGUUGCAUGCUGGCAUAGUUUCUGUAACUUUUACUUGCGUGGAUGUUGCAGUUUUACUCUGCGUUUUUAAAACAAUGUAUGGAGUUUUACGCGUGCGUAAUGAUGUUUUGAACAACCUGUCCCAGCGUAUUACUUUCUUUCAAUGAGUUUUGGAAAGACUUCUCUCUCUCCCCCAUUUGCCUAAGAAGAAACCAAGAACUAUCGCUAACUGUAUUGAGACGCCGUUCAGCCUAGUCUUUUUUGUUGACAGAAAGUCCAACAGAAUGCCUCGUCCGGGGAGAAACACGUACAGUGAUCAGAAACCUCCAUACUCUUACAUCUCUCUCACCGCCAUGGCUAUCCAAUCCUGCCCAGAGAAGAUGCUUCCUCUUAGCGAGAUCUACAAAUUCAUCAUGGACAGAUUCCCAUACUACAGAGAGAACACACAGCGGUGGCAGAACUCCUUACGACACAACCUGUCUUUCAACGACUGUUUUAUUAAAAUUCCCAGGCGGCCGGACCAGCCGGGGAAAGGGAGUUUCUGGGCUCUUCAUCCAAGCUGCGGGGACAUGUUCGAGAACGGAAGUUUUUUGCGGCGCCGUAAACGUUUCAAGUUGAUGAUGAUGGCGUCCGAGCAUCUCGCGCAGAGCAAGCCUUCGGACGCCGCCCAUUACCUCCAGCAGCAAGCCAAACUCCGACUGAGCGCAUUGGCCGCGUCGGGCACGCAUCUCCCGCAGAUGUCCGGUUACAACAUAGGGGUCUCCCACCAACCGUCGACGUUCAAACACCCGUUCGCCAUCGAGAACAUAAUCGCCCGAGAGUACAAAAUGCCAGGCGGGCUGGCCUUUUCCACCAUGCAGUCCAUGUCGGCGGGCUACCCGCUGCACAACCAGCUCACCAGCGCCUGGCCCCAUAUGUACAGCUCCAGUGUCAUGGACACGGUGGCUCCCAUCUCCAUGGCCAGUGAUUAUUCCGCCUACGGAAUGCCCCUCAAGUCUUUUUGCCAUGGCGGGCAGACGCUACCUGCCAUCCCCGUGCCAAUCAAGCCCACCCCUACUUCGAUGCCAGGGCUGUCGGCGUUGCCGACGCACAUUCCGGCUUUCCUCGCGAACUCUCCCCAGUCUCUGAGCCCCACGUCCCCUCAGACAGCUACCAGCCAAAGCAGCCCCGCUACGCCGAGCGAGGCGCUCACAAAUCCGGCGUCGGCCAUGCAGUCCGUAGUAUCCGUGCACUGACAUAACGUUUACGCAUGGGACUUAUAAUGAACUUCUUAAAAGAGACACAAGUAUCAACAUCUCCAAAGCUUAUUUUAUUGUUUUAUCAUCCAUGACAACCCACUAAGGCCGAGCAAAAUCUGGUCUACAAUCAUUAUAAGGCAAGCGAUUUGCUUUUUGUGGUUUAUCGAUGUACUUAGAUGUUUUACGAAAUGCUGUGGCUGGUAGGCAACCAGUCUUUUUCUAUGACGCGUGUAUUAGCCAACAUGUUUCUGAUACCUUUUCAAGUAAUUUAAGAAUAAUUACAUUCUGAGAUUAUCUUCAAAAGCACUGCAAUUUGACAUUUAUUAUCAGUAUAUUUUUUCUUGCUUAGCCAUGCAAUCUCGCAAAAUUGUAAAACAGUUCCCGGUCUCUAUUACAGUUGAGAAAAUCUUAUCAAAAUAUUUUGUUGCAUUUUUGUUAGGAUGAAUUGGAGGCCAAUAUUAUCAUUCAAUUAAUUCAACUUUGUGAAUUAAAUUUAACUUGACCAUAUUUUGACGACUGCUUUCUUUAAUGCGUAUUGCAUUUGCUACACCAAAUAGCCAAUCUAGUUUGUAGGAGAAUAAAAAAUGAGUCGCAGUGGUGACAUUUAAAAUAACAACUCCUGAAAAACUGAUAUUUAAGGAUCUACUGGUGCCACGUUGUCUGCAUUAAAAACUUUCGAAAUAUUUGAAUUCAAUGCAAGAAUAUAUUGAACUGUGUAAAAUGCACUUUUUUUCGUUAGAUGUUUUAGAUUAUCUGUAGUUUGCAGAUCUGUAGUUGUUCUGUGGACCAUUUAAUUUAAAAAAUCUGUGGUGACCCUGGGUGUAUAAAAUGCGGUAUAUUUGUACGUCCUCUGUGUACAUGAAAAGCAUGCUAUUUCUAAACAGUUGUUGUUGUUGUGUUUGCUGAACGCAUGCGUGCUCCUCCAGUUGUCCCAUAUGUCUGCACUAAAUUAUUGGUCAUCAAAAUAUUUUCCCAUUAAAAAUUGCGUAAACAUCA